ACCCCGGCGCCAUCUCCCCCCACCCCCAUCCUAGCGCCCUCCACCACUAUGGGGACAUUCAACCAAGGAGUGAGGAGGUCCUGCCCUUGCCCCUCGCCCUACCCCACCUCCCAAACAGGGGAGACUCCUGUAGGAACCUUGGAAGGACACAAGAUGCCAGGCCUAGCGCGCUUGGGGAUCCUCUGGACAAGGCCACAGUGACAUCUGCAGGUGAGGAUUUUGCUGCCCUCUGGGCGUCCCUUCAGCUUCCAGCCUUAGUCUUUUUCUCUUUGGACUCAGUCUAGAGACAGAUUAGGAUCUCAGGAAGGCUCAGUCCUCUUGUUAAACUGAAAGGGAAACUGAGGCUUAGAGGUUAGUGAUUGACCAGGGUCAGGGGCCAGAGCCGAGGGGCCAAACAGCUCUGCCCAGCCCUGGCUGCCUCUUCCUCCCCGGCACAGCACAGAUCCUAAGUGGGGGCCCUGGAUCAAUGAUCACUCUGGACAAGCUUUUGGAUCCCUCGGACUCCAUGAUCAACCAUCCAAGUUGCUGCUUACAAAUGUCUGCUUCCAUUGAAGGUUUCCUGUAGUCAUCAGCUUUCUGGAACUUUCUGAAAUCAAACCUUUUUCAGAGUGCCGGCAAGUGCUGGUUGGCUUCGGAAUGGAGAUGUGGCCUGCUGAGCACUGGCAGGGCUCCCCAGAGCUAUGUGGACCCAGGCCCUGGGACCCCCUGCCCGUUCCUGAUGGCAUCUGUACUCUCCCUCCAGCACCUGAGGAGGUGUUUGACAGGGACCCACCGAAGACAGCAUGAAAUGCUUGACAAUUCCCAAGGAGCCGUGGAGCCGUGGAGGCUCCAGAAACUUCCAGGCCCCACUCUGCCACUCUGGUCCAGUAUUGGGACCCAGAAGUGGAUCAGAUCCAGCCCAGCACUUGUGGGCUCCAAGUUUAGCAAAGGAGAGAGUUUCAUGCUCUGGAACAGUUUGCCUUGGAGUCUUGAAUGGCACUUCCCGGGAGGGCACAGACUUCAAUGCACAGAAGGGGAAACUGAGGCAGCCCUCAGAAAGACACAAUUUGCCAAGGUCACACGGCAAAUCAUUGUGUUUUUUUCCUGAGGCUAGGACCCACAACUUUGCAUUCUGGCCCCAGGCUCUUUCUCUGAACUUUAACCCCAGAGGCCAGCCUUUGAGACAUGUACAAGGUCACCGUAUUAUGAGCCAAAGACCUGGUUCAGAAUCCACCUCCCCCAAGUAUGACUGUGUCACUUGGGUCACUUCACUGUCUGCACUAGGCCUCUGUCCCCCAAGACAGAUGGCCUCUAAAUAGCCCUGGCUCUAAUUGUGGCUGGCUAUAGGUCACUGCCGAGGGGGCUUUCUCCCACCACUGACGCUAAGAAAUGCUGGAGAUGGUGGUUGCUUCAGCCACAGGCUGUUCGGGCCACUCUGAGGAUGACCUGGGGGUCAGCUUUGCACACUUCGGACCCCAUCGGACCCCUCCAAUGGAGCUAUAUAAGGCGGAACGAGGCAGGCGAGGGGGGCAGCGCAGCCGAGCGGAGCCCAGGAGAGGAGAGAGAGCGCGAGAGCCGGAGCGAGAGACUGGGAAGCCAGGAGGAGGAAGCCGCCGGUGCGUCGGGACAGGAACGCAGGUGUUCGGAGCGCCGGAGCUGGAGCUCCACAGCCGGCAGUCAUGUACCGCUCCACCAAGGGCGCCUCCAAGGCGCGCCGCGACCAGAUCAACGCCGAGAUCCGGAAUCUCAAGGAGCUGCUACCGCUGGCCGAAGCGGACAAGGUCCGGCUGUCCUACCUGCACAUUAUGAGUCUUGCCUGCAUCUACACUCGCAAGGGUGUCUUCUUCGCUGGAGGCACUCCUCUGGCUGGCCCCACAGGGCUUCUCUCAGCUCAAGAGCUUGAAGACAUCGUAGCAGCACUGCCUGGAUUUCUGCUUGUUUUUACAGCUGAGGGGAAGUUGCUAUACCUGUCUGAGAGUGUGAGCGAGCAUCUGGGACACUCGAUGGUGGACUUGGUUGCUCAGGGUGACAGUAUCUACGACAUCAUUGACCCAGCUGACCACCUCACUGUGCGUCAGCAACUCACCCUGCCCUCUGCUCUGGACACUGAUCGUCUCUUCCGUUGCCACUUCAACACCUCCAAAUCUCUUCGGCGCCAGAGCGCAGGCAACAAACUGGUGCUUAUUCGAGGCCGAUUCCAUGCUCACCCACCUGGGGCCUACUGGGCAGGAAAUCCUGUGUUCACUGCCUUCUGUGCCCCACUGGAGCCAAGACCCCGCCCUGGACCUGGACCUGGCCCUGGCCCUGGCCCUGCCUCACUCUUCCUGGCCAUGUUCCAGAGCCGGCAUGCUAAAGACCUCGCCCUACUGGACAUAUCUGAGAGUGUCCUAAUCUACCUGGGCUUUGAGCGCAGUGAACUGCUCUGUAAAUCAUGGUAUGGACUGCUGCACCCUGAGGACCUGGCCCAUGCUUCUGCUCAACACUACCGCCUAUUGGCUGAGAGUGGAGAUAUUCAAGCAGAGAUGGUCGUGAGACUACAGGCCAAGAAUGGAGGCUGGGCGUGGAUUUACUGCCUAUUAUACUCAGAAGGUCCAGAAGGCCCUAUCACUGCCAAUAACUACCCAAUCAGUGACUCGGAAGCCUGGAGCCUCCGCCAGCAGCUGAACUCUGAAGAUACCCAGGCAGCUUAUGUCUUGGGCACCCCGACUAUGCUGCCCUCAUUUCCUGAGAACAUCCUCUCCCAGGAGCAGUGUUCUAACCCACUCUUUACCCCACCCCUGGGGGCUCCCAGAAGCACUGGUUUCCCAAACACUCCUGGACUAGGUGUUGUCUCAGCAUCAGAAGAGCUUCCUCGACCACCUAAAGAGCUGGAUUUCAGUUAUCUGCCAUUCCCUUCUGGGCCUGAGCCUUCUCUCCAUGCAGAACUGAGCAAAGAUCUUGUGUGUACCCCACCCUACACACCCCACCAGCCAGGAGGCUGUGCCUUCCUCUUCAGCCUCCAUGAGCCCUUCCAGACCCAUCUGCCUGCCCCAUCCAGCUCACUCCAAGAACAGCUGACUCCAAGCACUGCAACCUUCUCUGAUCAGUUGACACCCAGCAGCGCUACCUUCCCAGAUCCACUAACCAGCCCACUCCCAGGCCAGUUGACCGAAACCUCAGCCAGAAGCUAUGAAGACCAACUGACUCCCUGCACCUCUACCUUCCCAGACCAGCUGCUUCCCAGCACUGCCACCUUCCCAGAGCCUCUGAGCAGCCCUUCCCAUGAGCAGCUGACUCCUCCCAGCACAGCAUUCCAAGCACCCCUGAACAGCCCCAGCCAAACUUUCCCAGAGCAGCUGAGUCCCAAUCCCACCAAGACUUACUUCGCCCAGGAGGGAUGCAGUUUUCUCUAUGAGAAGUUGCCCCCAAGUCCUAGCAGCCCUGGUAAUGGGGACUGCACACUCCUGGCCCUGGCUCAGCUCCGGGGCCCCUUGUCUGUGGACGUCCCCCUGGUGCCUGAAGGCCUGCUCACACCGGAGGCCUCUCCAGUCAAGCAGAGUUUCUUCCACUACUCUGAGAAGGAGCAAAAUGAGAUUGACCGUCUCAUCCAGCAGAUCAGCCAGUUGGCUCAGGGCAUGGACAGGCCCUUCUCAGCUGAGGCUGGCACUGGGGGACUGGAGCCACUUGGAGGACUGGAGCCCCUGGACUCCAACCUGUCCCUGUCGGGGGCCGGCCCCCCUGUGCUCAGCCUGGACCUGAAACCCUGGAAAUGCCAGGAGCUGGACUUUCUGGCUGACCCUGAUAACAUAUUCCUGGAAGAGACGCCCGUGGAAGACAUCUUCAUGGAUCUCUCUACUCCAGACCCCAAUGGGGAUUGGGAUUCAGGGGAUCCUGAGGCAGAGGGCCCGGGAGGGGCCCCAUCGCCUUGUAACAACCUGUCCCCAGAAGACCACAGCUUCCUGGAGGACCUGGCCACCUAUGAAACCGCCUUUGAGACAGGUGUCUCAGCAUUCCCCUACGAUGGGUUUACUGAUGAGUUGCAUCAACUCCAGAGCCAAGCUCAAGACAGCUUCCAUGAAGAUGGAAGUGGAGGGGAACCAACGUUUUGAAUAAGUCUGUGACUUAACGUCGUCAAGUAUGGCAUAUUGUCAUCAAGACGUGGAGCCGCUCUCCACCCCCCCGGGACUGUUGGGGGGAUUCUGGGGGCCAGAGGGGGAUAUAUCUAAUUUCCCAGGCCCUGAGAGAUUUGGGGGGGUGGUGGGAGGGCAAGGGAGGGGAGCUUCUUUUUAAACUCAAGAGACUUCGAGCGAUCCCAGUUUCCAUUUCAAUCUGUAUUCACUCGUAGUGAGUUUCCUUGAAUGCGAUUUCAAGCGGAGAAUGGGGGAGUCUCACUUCCCCCCGCGCUGCCCCAUGGGCCUGGGCCAGUUCUCCACUCCUAGGGGCCAAGCCACCCCUGGGCCUUCGUGGGGGAAAGGCAGGGCCCACCUGGGCCAGCCUGUGCCCUGAGGGGCUCUUGACACCCACGUAGAAUUCUCUACACACCAGUAACGGGAUUUCAAUUCCGAUGGACUCUGCCGCCCUGGCGGCCCUUCCUGUGACUUUUGCGCCCCGCGCCUGGGGUGGGGGGUGCGAAGAGACGCUACGUUCCUUUCCGAUGGAGGAAGGCAGACCUGCCGUCACACGUGUGCUUGCACGAACGCGUGUACCUGGUGCGGGAUCACCCGGCCGCCAGACCGCCUGGGCCUGCCCAGACGGCCACCUCGUGGUGCUGUGGUGACUUUGUAGCCAACUUUAUAAUAAAGUCCAGUUUGCCUUUUUGGUAA